AUAAACAAGAGAAAAAAAAAGACGAAGCAAUCGAGAAAGCAACAACAGCUAAGUCGCAUCGCGGCAGUGAGAGAAACAGAGAGGCAACGUGGAGAGUGUUACGGACAUUUAGAGCAUAUAAGCCGCUUCCUGGCCGCCUCGAACAGAACAGUGGGAGCUAUGACUGUGAACUCUGUGGACGGCGGUACGCACGAGUCGUCGACCUUCGAUACCAACGGCGGAGUCAAAACACACCAGGAGGAGAUGGAUUCUCAGCAGGACAAUAGCUGGAGCGCAAUUCAAGACCGGGAGUACCAGGCUGCGUCAUCCAAUACCGCAUCAUCGCCAAAUGCAGCGAAGAAGAAGAAGGGCCGCGCCAGCUACUGGAAGGAAAAGAAGGCAGCAAAGAAACUGGCACAAGCCGCAGUCGAUAGCGAAUUGAACGAUAACGGCGGCGUUUCGACUUCAGUGCCUGCUGACAAGGAUACGAUACAGCUUGAUAUUGAGAAUGUUGACCCUAAUGCCACCGUUGAGCAGGACGCCCCGAUGCCAGGCUCCGACGCACCCACCAAACCCAAGGCAAAAUCCAAGGAUCGGAAGAAAACCAAGAGUGCUCCCUCAACCACACCGCUCCAAGAUAUUUGGCCAUCUCCACCGACUCAAGAUGAUGGAUUUGUGGAUGACGGAUGGGGUAACGGCACACAAACAGGCUGGUAUCAUAGAGGCGAAUCACCCCCUCGAGAAGAGACCAAACCUAAAAAGAUAAAGCCAAAGAAGAAGGCUGUGAAAGCAAAGGUAGCAGAUGAACCUGCAGCUCAAAUAGGUAACUCCGAGCCGCUCAGCUCGAAGGCCGGUAAUGUCGGUGCUAGUGUGAAUGGUGAAGACCCAGUUGAAGACGGAACAACGUCUGUAGGUCAACCGACAAUGCCAAAGAAAACUGCAAAAAAAAAGAAAGUCAAGGCAGACAAACACGCUGCUCAGGAGCAGGAGGCCCCGAGCAUGCUUGAUGGUGCUCAAGUGGACGGAACUACCGGAAAAGAAACUCAGCCUGCGGCAUCAACUGCAGCUGGCUCCAACGGCAGUACUAACGGGCCUGCACCAGCUGAACCAAUUGGAAUACUCCACACCCUCAAGCAAGUUUUUAACGGAGUCAACAGCAACACCGAUACCCCUACGCCUGAUGCGUCCAACAUCAAAGACUCGAAGUCAAGGCAAGUGAAAAUUCAAGUGGAUCUGGAUGUUGAGCUUGCGUCAAUCUUGAAGGCAAAGGUCAAGGGGGAGAUGAUGAUUUCUUUUAUGAAUUAAACUUUUCCGAGUCAUCUUCGUUAUAACUCUUAUCUUCUCCUUCCUUCUGUUUCGGACUCUUGUUGGUUUACGAAGCCCUUGUGUAUAUAUAUAUACCGUCUUCCCUUAGUCUUUGUUACGUCUCAUUACGAUGCAUGUUGGGUCAUCACGGUAUGGGGAUAGGGAUAAUAUAGCUACAUGGGUAUGGGUGUUGGCAUUGGCCUGAUGGUUUUCUGACCUGCUAUGUCUUUAUGCUGUGUUAUGUCUUCUGUUAUCAGAUUUAAAUUAAAUUCAUAUCAUCAAUUAUUCGUGUCGUAUACCUCACAACUCACAUAUAUAGAUAUUUGCCAAAGUACCCUAAUUACCAGCCCAUCCCAUUACAUAUACAUGAUAUCAUAGAUCUAUCUAUUUAUUUACCUGAUAACCUUACGCAUUCAUAUUCGCAUUACCUUCUCCGGUAAGCACGCCGUUUGGCCCGAUUUCAGGCACAGAGGCUCCUUGGCCAUUCACAGGCUCAGGCGCAGCAGCCUUCUUCUUUGCUGGUCUCCGUAUCUUAGCAAGAUAUUGCAACUCUUCCAGUGGUCUUGCGAGACCAUCAGCCUGUCUUGCUUCAGGGAUAAGCCACUUCGUAACCGCGGCUCCAAGCACCAUAAAGGCAGCAAAUAUGAUAACCACGUACCCUAGCCAUUGAGCUUUGGUAUCUGUGGAGUUGGGGUCGGAAGGGUUGUUGUCAGAUGGCUUGUAGGGGCCAAUUGGCGCAUAAGCAACAAAUACCUGUACCAAGACAGAUGCAAUCUUCCCAGUCAUCGCGGAGAUGCCGUGGGCGGUGCAGCGGAAUCGAGUUGGGAACAACUCGGCUGGAAUCAUAAAGGUAGUGACAUUAGGGCCAAUCUCGAAGAAAAUCUGAGAAAGGACGUAGAGGAAUGCAAUGAGGGGCACAGAAGUAGACCUGUUAACAACUUGAAAGCAGACGCCGAUGAUAACGAAGAUCACAGCCAAAACAAUGAAGCCGUAGAGUUGAAUGGUGCGAGGAGAAUUGCGUUUGAUGAGCUUGAUCAUGCCCAGGCCGCCUGUUAUUGAGCCAGCAGAAACGAUGAUGAGCGAGUGCCAUGCAUUCUGGAGGACAUCUUCGUAUAAACUGCGGUUAGGAAGAAGGCAAGGUGUCGGCAUCCGGCCUCCAUGCUCGACAACACUGGGGAAGCAUAGCACACUUUCGUUGAAUAUCUUGCCAACCACUUUAUAAGAGUUGGGGCCUAGAGCAUAAAAUGCGAAAUCGAAGCAGGCCCAUGCAAGUGAUGUGCCAAGGAGAGUGGGCCAGUGGCCGUUGGUGAUGAAGUGAUUGUAAAAGCCAGUACGGAAGCGAGCCCAUUGGCUAGCUUCUUUGGUAGGAGGUGAGAAAUCAUCUUCUACCAAUGUACUAUCUGCUGGUUCAUCAUCAUUGGAUGUAGAAAAGGAUAAGGAUGAUCCGGCCCCGGAAUGGACGCUAGAGACGGUACGUGUCCGCGAGACACGACGAGGUGAACGCUGUGAGGCACCGUCCGUCGCUCGUGAAGUGCUCCGUUGGUGCUGACGGGGAUCAAAAUGGCUCCAAUCAU